ACGUGUAUGUUAAUACCGUAAAUGAAUUAGACAUUAAAUUAAUAAUAAUUAUACCACAUUUUAAUAUUGUAUUUCAGGAAAUGGAUUCUGUUGAUGAUCAACCAUUCUACCAGUGUAAUGUCUGUGAUGACAAAUUCAAUUUGUACACAGACUUGGAGAAACAUUGUGAAAUACAUGUUAAAAGAGACGAAGAAGGAUUUUUCCAUUGUGAUGCUUGUGAUAAAACAUUUGAAUCACAGAGUUGUUUAAAUCAUAAAUGUUCCAUCGAUUCAUCUGUAUUAUCUUUGUCUCAAAUAGAGGCAGAAAUAAAUGGUUUGACCAGUGCAGUGCUGAGCAGUAUUGAUGAAAGGAAUUCUGCUGAUGUUAAAACAUUACAUGAAUCUGAGAUUAGUGAUGAAAAAUUUGACUCAAACACUGACACAGAACAUCAUCGCCAUGUUGAUAUUAAACAAGAGAAAACUUGUGUUGAUGGUGAGGAUGUUGACGGUAAUUCCAAUGUUGAUGGUUUUGAUGCCAGUGAUGCUGUUUAUGACCAUGAGGGGGAUAACACUGGUGACCAUGGUGGUGCUGAUGUUGCUGGAACCAAUGAGUUGAAUGAUGUAGAUGAUUUACAGACAAGGAGAAUACAAGAUAUAUCCGGUAAUAAAGGUCUGAAAUUAGAAACAAGUGAUAAAUUACAAGUUCCUGUGAUGAAAGAGUCUGAUUUACCAGACAAAGAAUCAUCCCAAAUUGAUCUUAGUAAACAAACUGAAGAAAAGAAAACAAAUGUUACUAAAGGAAGACCUUUUGAAUGUGAUGUUUGUGGAAAAUCAUUUAUAACUUCUGGUAGUCUAAGAAUACAUUGGAGAAUUCAUACGGGAGAGAGGCCUUAUAAAUGUGAUGUUUGUAGUAAAACAUUUAGCAGUUUAGCCUCUAUACUCAUACACAGCAGAAUUCACAAGGAAAAAGACUCUGUAUGUAAUAUUUGUGGGAAAUCGUUCAGAAAGCAUCAUCUUCGGGAACACAUGAAAACUCAUUCUGUGGGAGAAACAGUCGAGUGUAAAAUUUGCAGAAAACGAUUUAAACAAAAGCGUGUGCUUCGUGAACAUGUGAAGGUUCACAGUGGAGAAACAGUCGAGUGUAAAAUUUGUAGAAAACGAUUUAAACGUAAGCGUGGGCUUCAAGAACAUAAUGUGAGGGUUCACGGUGGAGAAAAGAAUUGUAAAUGCGAUAUCUGUGAUGCAUUAUUUGUUACACGAGGAGAACUGAACAGACAUUUGAAAACUCAUUUUAAUAAGCGUACCCAAGGAAAGGGAUGUGAUAGAGAUGUUGAUGAUGCAGAUGGUUUUGGUGCAAGUGAUGCUGUUUAUGACCAUGGUGGGGAUAGUACACAAACUGAAGAAAAGAAAACAAACAUUACUAAAGAAAGACCUUUUGAUUGUGAUGUUUGUGGAAAAUCAUUUAUAACUUCUGGUAGUCUAAGAAUACAUUUGAGAAUUCAUACGGGAGAGAGGCCUUAUAAAUGUGAUGUUUGUAGUAAAACAUUUAGCAGUUUAGCCUCUAUACUCAUACACAGCAGAAUUCACAAGGAAAAAGACUGUGUAUGUGAUAUUUGUGGGAAAUCGUUCAGAAAGAAUAAUUUUCGGGACCACAUUAAAACUCAUUCUUUGGAGAAACCAUUUGAGUGUAAAAUUUGUAGAAAACGAUUUAAUCAAAAUAGUUAUCUCCGUAAACACAUGAAGACUCACGGUGGAUUAUUUUCUACACAAGGAGUACCGAGCAACCAUCUGAAAAAUCAGGAUAAUACUAAAGGAAAAACUUUUGAAUGUGAUAUUUGUGAGAAGUCAUUUACUUUCAAGAGUCAUCUGGAAAUACAUAAAUUAUUUUCUACACAAAGUAACUUAAACCAGCAUGAGAAAAUUGAUACUGAAAUGAUGGGUUUUAAAUGUGAAGAGGAAACUAAUGAUGUUGAUCAUCUGUUUGCUCCUAGAAUUAAUAAUGGAGGAAAACAAUUUAAAUGUGAUGUUUGUGACAUGUCAUUUACUGGCAUGAAUAAUCUUAAUAUACAUUUCGGCAUUCAUGCAGGUGGGAAAACUUAUAAAUGCUGUGUUUGCAGUAAAUCAUUUAAUGAUUCAGAGAAUCUAACUAGACACAGAAAAAUUCACGAGAAAAAAGAACUUGUGUGUGAGUUUUGUGGGAAAUCAUUUAAAAGAUAUUAUCUCAAAAGCCACAUGCAAAUGCAUUCUGGGGAAAAAACAUUUGAAUGUAAAAUUUGUAGGAAAAAAUUUAAACGGAAUAUUUCACUCAAUGCCCACAUGAAGAUCCAUAUUGGACGAAAACCUUUCAAAUGUGAUAUCUGCGAAAAAUCAUUUCUUACACAAAGUAAACUGAAGAGGCAUUUAGCAAUUCAUAGCAAAAAGAAAACGUUUUUACCUGAUCAGGAAGAGCAAACAGAUGCUAAUGGCUGUCUUGUUCCUAGAAUAAAUAUAACAGACAAACCUUUAAAAUGUGAUAUUUGUGAAAAGUCAUUUGUUACAAAUGCUUGUCUAAAUGUACAUUUUCGUAUUCAUACAGGAGAGAGGCCUUAUAAAUGUGAUGUUUGUAGUAAAACAUUUAGCAGUUUGGCCUCAAAACUGAUACACAGCAGAAUUCACAAAGCAAAAGACUGUGUAUGUGAUAUGUGUGGGAAAUCGUUCAGAAAGCAUCAUCUUCGGGAACACAUGAAAACUCAUUCUGUGGAAAAAACUUUUGAGUGUACAAUUUGCAGAAAACGAUUUAAACAUAAGCGUGGGCUUCGUGAACAUGUGAAGGUUCACAGCGGAGAAACAGUUGAGUGUAAAAUUUGCAAAAAACGAUUUAAACAUAAGCGUGGGCUUCGUGAACAUAUGAAGAUUCACAGUGGCAGUGGAGAAAAUAAUUGUAAAUGCGAUAUCUGUGAUGCAUUAUUUCUUACACAAGGAGAACUGAACAGACAUUUGAAAACUCAUGAAAAUACUCAAGGAAAAACUUUUGAAUGUGAUAUUUGUGACAAGUCAUUUACUUGCCAGAGUCGUCUAAAGAUGCAUAAAUUAUUUUCUACACAAAGUAAUGUAAAUCAACAAAUUAAAACUAAUUCUCUAAAAAGGGAUUUCGAAUGUGAAGAAGAGGCAGAUGAUGUUGUUCAUCUUGCUCCUUCAGAAGGAAAACAUUUUAAAUGUCAUGUUUGUGGGAAGUCAUUUACUAGCAAGGCUAAUCUAGUUAUACAUGUGCGUGUCCAUACGGGAGACAAACCAUAUCAGUGUUGUGUUUGUAGUAAAUCAUUUAGUAAUUCAGCUUCUAUACUGAUACACAGGAGAAUUCAUAAGGAAAAAGAUAGUACUUGUAAUAUCUGUGGGAAGUCAUUUAGAAAGCAUCAUCUUCAGAGACACAUCAAAACUCAUUCUAAAGAGAGACACUUUGAAUGUAAAAUUUGUAAAAAAAUAUUUACACGAAGGACAAAUCUUCAAGCUCACAUUAUGAAGAUUCAUGGAAGUGAAGAUGUAGAGAUAAAUGGGGGUGGUGAUAGUGAGGUCAGUGGUGGUGAUGAUGGGGAGGUCAAUGGUGGUGAUGAUGGUAUGGUCAAUGGUGGUGGUGAUGAUGGUGUGGUCAGUGGUGGUGGUGAUGAUGGUGUGGCCAGUGGGGGUGAUGAUGAUAGUGUGGUCAAUGGUGGUGGUGACGAUGUAGAGGUCAAUGGUAGUGAUGAUGAUGGUGCUGUUAAUGGUAGUCCUAAUGCUGAGAUAAAUGAUGGCAUUAAUGCUGAUGAGGUUACUGGUGAUGAUCAUGGUGAUGUUAAUGGUCCCGAGGUUACUGGUGAUGCUCACAAUGUAAAUAGUUGGGAUGUUAAUAGUAAUGAUGGCAAUGGUGAUGAUGGUAAGGUUAAUGAAGCCAAUAUAAAUAGUAGGGAUGUUACUAAUGGUGAUGAUGAUGAUGGCGAGGUUAAUGGUGAAGAUGGUAAGGGUAAUGGAGCUAAUAUACAUAGUAGGGAUGUUAGUAAUGGGGAUGAUGGUGAUGAUGGCAAUGGUGAUGAUGACAAGGUUAAUGGAACUAAUAUACAUAGUAGGGUAGUUGCUAAUGGUGGUGAUGAUGAUGGCAAGGUUAAUGGUGGUGAUGUUUGUAGGAAUGCUAAUAAUAGUGAUGUCAAUAGUGAUGAUUGUGAAGUUAAUGAAACUAAUUUGGACAGUGAAGUAGAUGGUUUAAAAAAAAGCAGAAUACAAAACAUAUUGGAUAAGAAAGAUCAGAAAUUGGGGGAAAAUGAUAUGGGGAAAGAAAAACAGUCAUGUGAAAUUGAUAAAACUAAGAAAAAUAAAAAUCUCUUGAUUAAUAAAUGUCAUGAAAUACAAGAAGAUAAAGAUGAGGAAAUUGAAGGACAUCUUGCUCCUAUAUUACGCACUAAAGCAAAACCCUUUAAAUGUAGUGUUUGUGAUCAGUCAUUUGCUACCAAUGCUUGUCUAAAAAUACAUUUACGCAUUCAUACAGGUGAACAGCCCUAUAAAUGUGAUGUUUGUAGUAAAUCUUUUAGGAGUCCCUCCUCUCUAUUGACACACAGGAGAAUUCAUAAAGAUAAAGAUUGUGUGUGCGAUUUUUGUGGGAAAUCGUUUAGAAAGAAUAAUCUUCAGGCCCACUUGAAAACUCAUUCUGUAGAAGAACCUUCAGAAUGUAAAAUUUGUUUUAAAAAAUUUCGAUUAGAGAGCUACCUGCAUACUCACAUGAUGAGGAUUCACAGUGAUAACCAAGAAAAAUCCUGUAAAUGCAAUGUCUGUGAUAAAUUGUUUCUAACACAUAGCAAUCUGAAAUCGCAUAUGAAUACCCAUACUUGUUUUAGAUGUUUUAUUUGCAAUGUUAAAUUCUAUAAAUCCACCCAACUAGACAGGCAUUGUGCAGCUCGGAUCAAAGUUAUUUCUUGUGCUGUUUGUCAUAAACAAUUUUGUACCAACACACAACUACGCAAUCACUCUAAAAUUCAUUCAGGAAUAAAACCUUUUGAAUGUGAUGUUUGUGGUAAAUCAUUUAAUGUGAACAGUAAUCUUGUUUCACAUAAGAAAAUGCAUACAGGUGAAAAACCAUUUACCUGUACUGAAUGUAGUAAAACAUUUGCAAGAAAGGGCAAUCUAGCUAUACAUAUGGUCAUUCACAAGGAAGAAAAGAAUUUUACUUGUGACAUUUGUGGCAAGUCAUUUUAUUUUAAAAACAAACUUAAAGUUCAUUUGGGAACCCAUACAGGUGAGAAGAAUUACAAAUGUGAUAUUUGUGGUAAAUCCUAUUCUAGAAGAACUCAACUCAAAUAUCAUGCUUUGACACAUACAGGUGAAAAACCUGUUAAUUGUGAUGUUUGUGGUAAAGCAUUUACUUGCGAAAAAACUCGUAAUCAGCAUGCCAAAAAUCAUACUAAGGAAAAACACCUCAAGUGUAAAAUAUGUGGUAAGUUAUAUGGUAAUCCCAGCCAGCUGAAGGCACAUUUGAUUGCCCACACUGGACAUAGACCAUAUAAAUGCCAUGUGUGUGAUAAAUCAUUUGCAAGAGAAGGCUAUUUAAAAAUUCAUGGCUACACCCAUUCAGAAUACAAACCUUACGUAUGUGAUGUUUGUGAUAAAGAAUUUUGUGAUAAAUAUGCUUUUAAAAUCCACAUGAUGUUACAUUCUAAAGAUAAUCCUUUCCAGUGCGAGGUUUGUAACAAGUCAUUCUCUCAACCAAGCAGUUUAUCAAAACACGUAAAGGAGAAUCACGGAGAACCGUCCCUAAAAUGUAAUGUAUGUGAGCAAUCAUUUCGUAAGAUGAGUGAUCUUAAUAGACACAUUGUAACUCAUACCGGAGCAAAGCCAUAUAAAUGUGAACUUUGUAGUAAAACUUUUAUUCUUCCUGUGUGUUUGCAAAAACACAUGAAAAGCCAUUCCAAGCCAAAACCUUUUAAAUGCGAAUUUUGUGACGAGUCAUUUGUCCAGAGUAAUUUUCUACAGAAUCAUCAAAUCAGAAAGCAUGACCUUAAACCUUACAAAUGUGAUGUUUGUGACAUGAGAUUUAAACAAAAUGAUAACCUAAAGACACACUUUAGAACUCAUACAGGUGAAAGGCCAUAUAAAUGCCAUCUUUGUAGUAAAUCAUUUAUUGCUCGAGGUAAUCUUGCCAAACAUAAGCUCGUUCAUACUGGAAUGAAACCAUUUCAAUGUGAUGUUUGUAGUAAAACAUUUUCUGAUAAAAGUAAUUUAAACCAACAUAUAGUAACCCAUUCUAAAGAAAACCCAUUUGAAUGUGAAUUUUGUGAUAAGGCCUUUAAUGCAAAACGUAAACUGAAACUUCACAUGAAAGUUCAUUCAUCAUAAUACAUGUAUAGGUAUAUUUUUUUGUUUUGCUUUAGUGUAUUAUUCUAAGGCUUUCAAUAUAACACACAUAUAAAAGCAGACUUGGAUCCCAUCAAAUUUUGUUUAUGUUAUUCAAAUGGAUUUGAAUUCCUCUCUUUAUAUGGAUUCGGGGGGGGGGUGGAUGGCCGAAUGGUUAGCAUGUGUGCGCUGUUUCAUAAGGUUUCUUAUUGAGUCAAUUGUAUCUGAUAAUUCUUAAUGGCUUGUUACUUUUGAUCAGUUUUUAGUCUUUUAAAUGCUCCCCUUGUAUAUAAAACAACCAUUAUGGACUGCACAGUCAACUUGGCUGCUGUGGGGGGAAGUACAUGUAUGUUUCGGCUGUUGGCAACCUAUCUUUUGUUUUGAUACUAUUAUUUAAUGUUUUUAAAUAUCUUGCUUGGCAGGACUUUCAAUGCAAAAGAGACAUUAGAGAUUUUGAAAUCUUUUCAAGUCACCGGAAAUAUUCAUUUCUGAUUUUUAUUCAUUUGUCAGGGUUAAUCAAAAAAGAUUGCAGACAAAAUUUUGAUAUAAACCUGCCCAUCCUUCAUAGUAACUAAGGAUAGAGCACAAUUUUUUUGCUAAGGGAAAUGGUAUUUUAUGUUUUUGUAUGGCAUGGAUGUCAUGAUUUGAAGGAAAGAUAGUCAUACCAAACAUGAUUAAAAUUGACGAUAUCAACAUUUUAUAACCAAUAUAAAAUAUACAUGUAUUAUAAUUGAUCAUUUUAAUGAACAUUACCACGUUGUAAAAAAUAUGUUAAAAGGAAUAACCAGUAACUUCAUAUAUACAUUUUAAUGGACUGUAAAGCAUAUUUGACACCACAUAAUUUAAUCCGAAAUCUUUUGUUUUGCUACCAUUGUCAUUAGCCCAGUUGCAGUAGAACAUUUCAUUUAUUUAGCCAUUGUAUUCUAUAAUCUAUUGUUUAGGCUGUGAAAAUUAUUUGAAAAUGAAACCAAAUUGGUUUAAAAAAAGUUGAACAAAAAUAUAGUAUCUGUUUAUAUGUUUUAAUUAAAAUCAGUAUGUUAAAUAAAUACACAA